AUGGCCAGCUGGAAAUCCUAUAUUGACCACCUGAUGGCUGAUGGGACAUGCCAGGAUGCUGCCAUUGUUGGUUACAAGGAUGUUCCUUCUGUGUGGGCUGCUGUCCCUGGCAAGAUUUUUGCAGGCAUCUCUCCUGUGGAGAUGACUGUGUUACUAGGGAAGGAUCGCUCUCCUCUAUUUGUCAAUGGACUGACACUGGGAGGCCAGAAGUGCUCAGUGAUCAGAGACAAUCUGAUGGUAGAUGGGGAGUUCACCAUGGAUCUAAGAACAAAAAGCGUUAAAGGAGAACCCACUUUCAACAUUACAAUCUCCCGAACAGCCAGAACUUUGGUUGUGCUAAUGGGCAAAGAAGGAGUCCAUGGAGGAAAUGUUAACAUGAAAUGUUUUGAGAUGGCUUGCUACUUAAGAAAUGCAGGGUACUGA